AUUUUCCUGGACGGGAUUGAAGCAUAUUCAGAGGCAUCGUCUGGAGUCUGAGCUGCAGCAGAAUGUUCACAUACACAGUGUCUGUCACGACUGGAAACCAGGUCUUUGCUGGAACUCUGAACUACAUUUACCUGACGCUGGUGGGUAAAGAGAGAAGCAGCGACCGAACUCUGCUGGACAAAUCCUGGUUUGAACGUUUGGACAGAGGAACGGUGGUUUCCAUUGACAUUCAUGUGGAGGAGACUCUUGGAGAGAUUCUGCUGGUCAAACUGGAGAAGGAGAAAUUCCUGAUCAAUGAUGAUUGGUACUGCAGGAGCAUCAGUGUAACAGCACCCACUGGAGACUGCUUUGAGUUCCCCUGUUAUCGGUGGAUAGCUGAUCAAAAGGAGCUGGUUCUUCUAGAAGGACGGGGUCGAUUGCCUCAGGAUGAAAAGGUCUCAAUACUGAAAGAGUACAGGCACCUGGAACUGGAAAACAGACGAGAAAAGUUCAGGUGGAAUGAAUGGAAAUCUGGCUUCCUCAUGUCCAUAGAUGCCAGUAGGUCCUCUGAACUUCCUCUGGAUGUUCAGUUUGAUACUGCAAAAUCAGUGGACUUCUCUUUGAAUGUCCUUAAAGCAGUUGAGAAUCUUGGUCUUAAUAAACUUGAGAGUGUUUUCCAGUCUUGGAAAGAUUUUGCAGAUUUUGAAAAAGUAUUCAUAACCAUCAAGAACACAUUGUCAGAGUAUGUGAUGCAGAACUGGACUAAAGAUGUAGUGUUUGGUUAUCAGUUCUUAAAUGGCUGCAAUCCUGUGAUGAUCAAAAAGUGCACAAAACUCCCAGACAAAUUUGUGGUCACGCAGGAGAUGGUGGAGAACUCCCUGGAUAGAGGAACCACACUGCAGGAGGAAUUAAAGGCAGGAAACAUUUACAUAGCAGACUAUGAAAUACUGGAGGACGUGCAGCCCAAUGACACAGACUCCAGCACCCAGCAGUAUUUGACAACUCCCUUCUGCCUGUUUUACAAGAACAGACAAAAUGAAUUUAUACCAAUCGCCAUUCAGCUCAGUCGUCAGACGACUCCAGGAGAGAAUAGCACAGUCUUUCUUCCCACUGAUAAUGAGUAUGACUGGUUGUUAGCCAAAAUAUGGGUGAAAUCCUGCGACUACAACAUACACCAGCUGGUCACACACCUUCUCAGGACACACCUGAUAUCUGAGGUGUUUACCAUAGCCAUGUUCAGACAGCUCUCUGCAGUCCACCCUGUGUACAAGUUACUGAUACCUCAUGUCCGUUUUACCAUUGCCAUCAACACUGCAGCUCGUGAAACACUCAUAAAUGAGGGUGGAGUCUUUGGAAAGGUUGAUAGCACUGGUGGAAUUGGAAUUGAGCAAGUAAUCCGAAAGGGUAUGAAGACAUUAACCUAUAAGUCCUUGUGCUUCCCUGAGGCCAUGAAAACUCGAAAUGUUGAUAACAAGGAAGAUCUGCCAAACUACUACUACAGAGAUGAUGGCAUGAUGGUUUGGGAGACAGUGAAAAGCUUUGUUACUGAUGUGGUCAAGAUCUACUAUAGUAGUGAUGAAACCGUUCAGGAAGAUGAGGAGAUCCAGGCUUUUGUUCAAGAUGUUUGCUCCUAUGGUAUGAAGAAUUGUCCCAAUAAUGGUGAUUUUCCAAAUGUCCUGAGAACCCGGGAGCAGUUGGUUGAGUAUCUGACCAUCGUGAUUUUCACAGCUUCAGCACAACAUGCAGCAAUCAACUUUGGACAGUUUGACUGGUAUGCCUGGAUCCCGAACACUCCGUCCACCAUGCGGAAACCUCCUCCCACAGAGAAGGGCAAAGUGGAUAUGAAGUAUAUCAUGGAGAGUCUGCCGGACCGCGGACGCUCCAGUUUGCAUCUAGGAACAAUUUGGAUCCUCAGUCAGUUCCAGGACAAUGAGCUGUUUUUAGGUGUGUACCCAGAUAAGUACUUCACUGAAGAACUGGCCAUGGAAGCAAUUAAGAAUUUCCGCAAGAAAUUAGUUGACGUCACUAAGACCAUCAGGAGCCGAAAUGAAACUCUGGAACUGCCCUACUGGUAUCUGUGUCCAGACAGAAUCCCCAACAGCGUGGCCAUCUGAAGAAAACCUCUGUGCCAAACAUUUACAAAAGCUGUUCACAGUACAAUUACACAGUAUAUGCUUGGCAUUCAAAGAAAAGGUAGCAAGUUUUUUAACAUGACAAUGAAAUGUUUUAAAACAGUAAUUUUUAAUUGAUGUUUUAAAUUCUUUGUAUAAUAACUUUUUAAUAAAACAAUUAAGAUCGUACA